AUGUCUGGUCUUCCAUCGAUCAUACUACUACUUCCAGAUGGCUGUAAAUUUGGGUUUUCUACUUGGAACACUUUGUUUGCGAUAUUCACAAUCCGUCAAAAUUUCACCGAACCACAUUUUUUGAAUUAA